GAAACUGUACCACCUCGAAGGCCCGCACGGGAUCGAGGUGGUCGAGUCCCUGCAACAACGGGGUGCCUGGCUCAUUCAGAGUCUUCCUCUUUGUAGACUGCAGGCUGAAGCACCGCACCUAUCCUUCAGAAUGGGCUUCCAUGUCGUUCCGAGCAUGCUGCAACUGCAUCUGCAUGUGAUCUCCCAAGACUUUUGCUCCCAGUUCCUGCGUUCACGGGUCCACUACAACGCGUUCACGACCGCGUUCUUUAUCUCGUCCGAGCAAGUGCUCAGGGUGUUACGGGAGCGUGAAAAGUUCUGGCUGCAGAAGAGUGAGCUGGCGGAAUUUAAGAAUUCCAAAUUCAAGUCGCCGCUGGUGUGUUUGCAGUGCGGGCAGAGGCAGAAGGGGUUCUAUCAGCUCAAGGUGCAUUUGGAGUUACAUCUGGUGGGGGCCCAAGCAGGAGAGCACGGGUGGUGAUGAUGAUGAUGGUGGGAGUGGGGGAGUGGGGGAGUG